AUGUUCAUUUGCGGAAGUGGAAGUUUCAGCAAUCAAGAUGAAGGCGGCGAUCACGAAGCCUACGCCAGCCCCUGCCCCACGCCGAAGCGCUCGCGCCGGAGCACCAGCUUCUGCCGAAUUUUGGGGAGAGACAGCGGCACCAAAAAUCCCUACGCAGACCGAGGCCUCGACAAAUUCUACGCGCUCCUAGCAGAUCUCGACGAUAAGAAGCAGAAGAUCUACACGCAGAGAGGAUCCGAAGAGAUCUCCUUCGUCCGAUUCGUCUACGCCGGCGAUUCCGACGUCGUUAAGCCGAUCGUCGUCAAGCUCAAGGAGAAGAAUAAUUCGCCUAAAUCGGUGAAGAAUUUCAACGACCAGCGCAGUUUCAGCGCCGCGGAGGAGGCGAUUGCGCCGGCGAUUGAGGCGAAGAGAGAGAAAUCGAUGAGGAAGAAGAGAUCGCUGAGGUGCAAGGGGAGUUUGAAAAUUGAGGAUCUGAAACAGCCUCAUUUCUAUUUCCCGGUGAUGGUGGUGCUGAUUCUGGUGUUUCUCGCUAUCUACGGCCGGUCGUUUGCGAUACUGUGCACGUCGAUCGGGUGGUAUUUGGCUCCGACGAUCGCCGGAGGGAGCGGCGUGGCGGCGGUUUCUAGUGAGAGGAAACCGAAGAGGAAGAAGGAGUAUGUGAGGGGGAAGAGUGAGAAGAUAGCGGUUGUGAAUAGUGAAGGUCCUUCUUCGCCGAAAAGCGUGAUCAAUGGACUGAAUCGAGUUCAACUUCAAUUGCAGUAA